AUGCGAUUGAUCAUGCGUUUCACCCGACCAUCGAUACUUGUCGUCCUCCUCGCUUUUGCACAUGCCGUUGCAUCGCACAACCCUCCCGUAGGCCUUCUGGGUGAUCUGGGCGCUGCAAGACGGUCUCUUGCUAGAACAUCUGCUCUAGGACAUUAUCUGUUCUCUUUUUCAUGCCCAGACGACUUUCAGGCUGAUUCGUUGAUUGUUUUAAAAUUGGCUGCAGGUAUGGUCGAAAUGGGUGAUGUGGACCCUGAGCGCAUUGUAACAUACCGUUGGAAUCCUUAUGGACCGAAUUCAAUUCAUCUGUUUGUGCCGCUUGCCACUUCACUAGUUGACAAGAUUCGGGCGAACAUGGCUCUCCGCACGGUUCCGAUUGAGCACAAGGACUUGUAUUCAUUCCCGGAGAAUCUUCUUUUCCUGCUUAUACGAAUUGCCAAACAACCCACAUAUGGGAACAAACCGUGGGAAGUAAGUAUGCACCAUCCAAUAAUUUUAAACUACUUGAAUGCUGAAAUGAAGACGUCACUCGAAGCAGAGGACGUAGAACUUGCUAGUAAGUUACGGAGCCUCCCUCUGGACACACAAACUCAAAUCCUCGAGCGUGUUUCAAUUCCAAGAGUUGAACCUCUAAGCAAACUCUUCAAGGAGCUCCCUUCAGAGGAUGCAUUGCGUAGUUUGAUUUGGCAAGAAAUGCAACUUUUGAGUUAUUUUAGUCAAGUAGACCGACACGCGUUUCGAAAUUUACACCUCGAUGAUGAAUUCUUAAGUGCUAUUGUCCAGGCUCAUUCAUUUGAUUCCAGGAGAGCUGAAGGCAGAGCUUGGUAUGGAGGCAUGGCGAUUGAAUCUGAGCCGAUUUCACUAUCUGACAAACUAGCAAGUAGAAUCCUUCCUGCGAAACUUUCGCCGUUCGCAGAUUAUUACCAAGACUAUGAUCGACUUCUCAAUGAGGGCAAUGGCGAGUUGAAGGAAAGGCUAGAUCGGUUUCUGAUUACCUACGUCAUCUCUGGCUCAGGCACUGUUCUCGAAGAUACGGACACUACCAGUGCCCUCGUUCCCAAACUUACUAAGCUGCCCACGGGCUGGUGGCUAACUUCAUCACAAAUUUCGAUCGAAGGCGAAGUGAGCCCAUUAGUCAAAGAGCUCUUCGAAAGUAUACAUUCAGAUUUUACCACGGUAGUAAAAACCAACAGAGAAAGCCGUUUAUAUGGUUCAUAUAUGCCUCAAAACCCUGAAACCCAACCAUACGCAGGAAUCGAAGGUCGUCAAGGAAGGAUCUUGGCUAGAGUUCAAGCUGCACAACAUUUGUGCAAGUAUGCAGGAAUCGAUUUGAACGAAAUCUUAUCACAUUCAUUCCGAGACUAUAGAGCUGUUUCCCGCUGGUUAAGCUCUUUAUCCAAAUGGGAAAGAAUCUUUCACUAA